CCCGGAAGUCUGAACGUAAACACCAGCCAGAAGUGAAACGGAACCCCGAAGUCUGCUGUCCAUAUUGGACUGUAGACACUUAAUAAUUUUCAUCAAUAAGGUGCAUGAGGAGUUUGCUGGAAAUCUGAAGCAAGAUGAAUGUUGCGAUACGCCAAUGGUACGCAUCGUACUAUGUGAGCCCGUUGCGGAAGUGGGUGUAUGGGCAGUUGUCUGUGUUUGCGGAUGGCGUGGCGUUUCAUGAUGGGUCGAAGAAGCCAGCACUUACAGGGGAUCUAGUCAUCAAGUUUGGCAAGAUUGCUUUGAUGAAGAAGGCUUCAUCUUCCUUUAUCUUUGGUGCGAUAACUAUCGUGGACAAUAAGGGACACACACACUGGUUUUCUUCAUUUCAAGACCGGUCAUCCGUCUUCUUGGCCAUAAAUCAUUUUUUUCUAAGUGCUGCCAUGGCUUCUGAGUCUUCCAAGGUCAAGGGUAUCCCUGAAGGUCAAAGGACGAAACUUGGAACUGAUCUUCUGAGGAUUGUAACAGACUCCGAACAGACUCUGGAGCAUGCAACAACUCGCCUCUCUCAACAAGGGGAACAGAUUGACAAUUCCAUAGCAACCAUGAAUGACCUUCAUAAUGACCUUGACAUUGCGGCCAAUUUCGUCUCUGGCCUCGAGGCUUGGGUCGGACGAUGGCAGAUGCCCAAGAAGUAUAUCCAUGUUGAUCCGAUUGUUUUAAAAGGCAAUGAUGUUCCUCAGGUCUUCGACUAUGAAAUGUUGUAUUCAAUGAUUGACAGUAAAAAAUUUCAUCCUCAAAAAGACGGAGUGAUAAGGAUAUCCAGUGACGGUGUCACAAUCCUGAAUCUUGCACAGAAGGUCCUUCAGCAUUUCUCUUGGUCGAUCAUAUCAACUAUAAGAGUUGUCAGCCCUUGGGAGCUGCUUGUUACGCAGAAUUUCAUUGGUUCUCCAGAUUUGAGCUAUUCCAUUGUCUGUUCCAACCUGAUCCACAUUUUGAGGAAAAUAGAGUUAUUUGCCCCUGGCAGGCGGAAACUUGAUUAUGACGUGACGGUUCAGCAUCGUCUUCAACAACAUGACCCAUCCCCAGCAUCAAGGAGUGCCCCAACAUCGUCGGCCGCAGUCUCAGACAAGACGUCCGACAAGAGCUCCACUGACACUAAAUCAAACACUACCAGCAAGAAAUAUGAUUUGUCUGGACUGGUGGACGAUGUGGAUGUCCAGGAUGACGACCAGUCACAGGCCUCCAUGUACAAAGAGGUGAUCACUGACCAAGAAGUUGACCAGUUGACCGCGACCUUGAGCAAUCUGAAAUCAAUGGCUCUUGCCGUCCAGCAUGAGGAGGACAUUCAGAGCGAGAAGCUGGACGUUCUGAAGGGGUCUGUGGACAGGGCCAAUGAUCGUCUGUCCGCAACCACGAAGAGGACAAACAAACUUCUGUGAAUGAGAAUACAAGGGUUAGAUGAUGGAGAUACAGAGUGACAGUGAUUUUCUUCCCAGUGUUUUAUAUUCUGUAUGGUGAUGGAAGAAUGUGAAUUCUGUAAGGUGAUGGUCGAAGGUGAAGGUCGUUGUAUUGAUAUUAGAGCUGGACAGUGAUUAAUUUGAAUCAGAAUCAUCAGAUUUUUGUGUAUAUGUUGACAUUAGUGGGUUUCAAGGACAAAUAUCCUGAUGUGAAACAUGAGCAAGACAUGAUGUCAUAUGUAACCUGUGGCCGUUGAUGAAGAUUACAAAUAUUGUUUAGAAAUUGAAAUUAUUAAAAAAAAUUCUGAAUGUAGAUUUGAAAAUGAAAGUCCCUCCUACAAGAAAACUAUUUACACAUAGGACUUGCGAAAAGUAUACUUUCAAUCAAAGAUAGCAAUUUGUUAUUUAUAAAAAAAUCAUAACAUUUUUAGUCAACUUAGUUGUCACGACUUAACAAAUAUAUUAGAGCUGCCUGUUCUGAUGAGCUAUGUUGUUUUAUCAUCAUUUGCAACAUGUGGGAUUCCAAGUAACAAUAUAGGUCCCCAGUAACCUAUACUUGUAUGCCCAUGGGGAUUCUGUGUAAGAAUAUAGGUCCACAGUAACCUAUACUUGUAUGCCCAUGGGGAUUCCGGGUAAGAAUAUAGGUCCACAGUAACCUAUACUUGUCUCCCCAUGGGAAUUCAGUGUAAGAAUAUAGGUCCACAGUAACCUAUACUUGUCUCCCCAUGGGAAUUCAGUGUAAGAAAAUAGGUCAACAGUAACCUAUACUUGUCGUAAGUGGCACCUAACUAUUGGGCUGUCAGAUUCGCUGAAUCGGUUGAUGCAUGUCAAUGUAUUCCAACUGCAUGGAUCAAUAUUCAUGAUACCAAUCACUGGAUUGUCUUGUCCAAUGUUAUGAUGGAUGACAGAUAAUGAUUAAUGGUGACUCUAAUUACACAAAAUGUUUUUGUUUGAAACCAAGCACUUAUUACACCAAGGGUAGCAGAUCGCAGACAAAGCCAUGGAGGUCGGCCAACAUUUUUUCUUAAAUCUUUCGGGGCGGUUGGGUAGCCAAGUGGUUAAAACGUUCACUCGUCAGGCUGAAGACCUGGGUUCAAUUCCCAAAAUGGGUACAAUGUGUCAAGCCCAUUUCUGGUGUCCCCUGUAGUGAUAUUGCUGGAAUAUUGCUAAAAUUGGUGUAAAACCAUACUCACUCAAUCUUUCCAUUCUAGUUCACAUGGUCUUCAUUGGUGAUUGAUUCCCAUUAAAAUAGGGAGUCUUGUGUACAGUGUGAUUUGAGUACACAUUACUGAUGGAUAUUUCUAGUCAGCCUGUCAUUAGCUGUUAUUUAUAGUGCAGAUAUUGCCAUAUCCUUAUCCAGUCAGAACUCAGUGAGAACCCUGUCAGAUAGAUCCCCACAUUCUAUUUCGCAAGUGUGACUAAAUGUGGGCAGGCGACUUGGUUGAUUGCACGUGUCAUUGUUUGUUGUUUGACGCCACUCACCUAUAUUCCAGCUAUAUGAUGGCCCUCUGUAAGUCUGGACCAGACAAACCAGUGAUUGAUGUCAUGAGCAUUGAUGUGCACAAGUGGAUGAAAUGCAUCAACCGUGUCCUGAAGACAAAUUAUAACAUGGGUCUUUGUGGUGGUUGCAUGUAUCAUACUGUGAUGGGAUGUUGGUCAGCCUCUCAAUCACUGGUUUCUCUGCCCAAGACACAACUACUUACAGCUAUGUUAUUGUGAGAAUAUCUGUCAGUCAACUAGAAACUGAUUCAGAAUACGUAUCUCCACAGUUUCUUUUCAGAAUAUACAGUGUGUUCAUUUAUGCUUCUUACAAUUGAUUUAUCUUCAUUGUUUUCAUCUGAAUAAUCACAUUUUUUGUGAUAUUCUGACUGGAGAGCGAUGUUCAUUCCAGAUGUUGUGAUUAAGAAAAUAUUUUGCUGUUUGUUAUAAUGAACAUUGAAUAAACACAAUUGUUUGUCACAAACAGAGGAUUGGCAGAAAGAUGGAGUACCUUCAGAGAGUAGUAUACCAAUGUAUGUCAAAUUUAAAUGUGAUUAAAGCUUUAAACCAAUA